AUGGUUGAUAAAAGUUGGAUGGAUGCUCCAAGAUUUAGCACCAAUCACCUAGCUGGAAUAGAAAGAUUUCUAUCAUUUGCAAUUAAAAAAUCACUUUUUAACGGAAAAAAUUAUUGUCCAUGCCAUCAUUGCAAUAAUAGGAUAUUGCAUGAACCACAUAUUGUGGGUAAGCAUCUUCAUCUACAUGGUAUAAUAAAAGAAUACAAGCAAUGGAUUUUUCAUAGAGAAUCUAUUGAAAGAACAUUGGUGCAAACCAACCAAACAGUGAGAACUUCUCUGUCAAUUUCUACUUGUGACAACGAAGCCAAUUUAAGAGAUCUCAUAACGGAUGCUCUAGGUAUCAACAUCCCAACUCUUAAUGAGAGUUCUGAUGGAGUUUCAAGAGAGUUUCAGAAUAAUGGUCGAGAGUAUGAUGUUAAUGAGGCCCAAAGGACUGCUGAAAGAGAAACUACUCUUCUAGAUGAUUGUGAUAUUCCGUUUUAUCCUGGUUGUGUCAAGUUCUCAUGCGUCUCAUUCUUACUUCGGCUUUACCACUUCAAAGCUCUUUAUGGAUGGUCAGCAAAAUCUUUGACAUGUUUAUUGGAGUUUUUAAAUGAGGCAUUUCCAGAUGGAAACACAAUCCCGACUACAUACUAUGAAGCGAAGAAAAAAAUUUCUGCACUAAAUCUUGGGUAUGUGAAGAUUGAUGCAUGCCCGAAUGAUUGUAUGGUAUACUGGGGUGAUGCUAGUAAAAAGAUCAGUUGUGAUGUCUGUAAAAGCUCAAGGUGGCAAUCUUCUAAUGAGUUGGAUGCAGAUGAACAAGUUGAUGGUAGUUGUCGCCGUCCUAAGCCUGCGAAGGUAUUACGGUACUUUCAUUUGAUUCCUAGACUUAAAAGAUUAUUCCAAUCCUCUAAGACAUCACAAUCUAUGAGAUGGCAUAGAGAAGGACGAACCAAAUAUGGUAUAUUGAGACAUCCAGCCGAUGGUUCUGCUUGGGAUACGUUUGAUAAGAGGUUUCCUAAUUUUGCAUCUGAUCCUCGCAAUGUUAGGCUAGGUUUGGCUAGCGAUGGAUUCAAUCCAUUCCGAACAAUGAGUACAAGUCAUAGUACAUGGCCCGUACUUCUUAUUCCUUAUAAUUUAGAACCUUGGGUAUGCAUGAAACAAUCAUCAAUGAUACUCUCAAUGGUUAUCCUUGGUGAAAAAGGACCUGGCAAUGACAUUGAUAUCUACAUGCAGCCUUUAAUUAAAGAGUUGAAGCAAUUGUGGAUAGGAGUUGAUGCUUUUGAUUCAUCAGCUUCCUAA